CUGUUCGGCUAAGCAGCAAAACCCCAUAGCCCGUCAAAUAGAAUGAGAAUCCAUCCAAGACAAGGAGGAAGAGGGUUUUCGCCCCUUUUCUGGCACUGACUGGCACAUCACAACUCAUGCUUCGCAUCCGACCAAUCGCAUAUCCUCGCCACCAACAUCAACAGCAACAAGAAAAGGAAACGUAAGAGCUUUUAAAAAACAAAAAAAAAAAAAAAAAAAAAAAAGCACAAAAACAAAGCAAAACAAAAGCAACGCCCACUGAGAGACUGUUAGUAACUCCCAUACAAAACAGCUCCGACGCUUCCUCCUCUGAAUAUAACGCCAGCUCCAUAUCCUAAACUCUCUCUCUUUCUGAACUCGGUUUUUUUUUUUUUUGAGUUUUCUGGAAAUGGCCGAAGCGGCUUUCUCCAAGCUCGGUACCUUCUUCUUCACGUCGAAACCAUCACCCUUGAGUACUUACUUACUCGUUCUCAUCCUCUGCAUUCUGGGCUUCUAUACCCUGCAUUACCCGCACCCUACACUCUUGCAAUCAAAUUCCCAAAAUGCUCCCCGCUUCCGCCAGAUUUUCCUCUCCUCUGCCAGCAACGACACCCUCGCAUCCUACCUCCGCGCCCUCACCCAGCAUCCUCACCUCGCCGGAACCAAACCCUCCCUCGACACUACCCAUUACGUCCUCUCCCACUUCAAGGAGCUUGGACUCGAAACUCGCACCGCCCAGUACCGAGCCCUCCUCUCUUAUCCCGUGCACUCCUCCCUCUCUGCGCAUUUUAGCGACGACACGGUCCUUGACCUGCCCUUGACGGACUUUACACAGGGGACUCGGGACGUGGUAUUACCCUACCAUGCGUACUCGCCGUCCGGGUCGGCGUACGCUAAGGCGGUGUUUGUUAAUUACGGUACGGAUGAUGACUAUCGUGCGCUGGGGAUAUUGGGGGUGAACGUUAGCGGGUGCGUGGUGAUUGCGAGGAAGGGGGAUUUGCCCAGAGGGGUCGUGGUUCGAAAGGCCGAGGCGCAUGGGGCUGUAGCAAUGCUACUGUACGCCGAGGGGGACGGGUUUAGGAAGGGUUUUGAGAGAGGAACCGUGAUGAAGGGCGUGGGGGACCCACUGAGUCCGGGGUGGGCUGGGGUUGAUGGUGGUGAGAGUUUGGACUUGGAGGACACCGAGGUUUUGAAAAGAUUUCCCAAAAUUCCGUCCAUGCCCUUGUCCGCCGAGGCUGCCGAAGUCAUCUUGGGCUCGCUAGGGGGCGCACCGUUUCCAUCGGAGUGGCGCAACGGCAUCGGGCAUGUCGGCCCGGGACCCACAAUAUUGAACUUCACUUACCAGGAUGGAAUGACCUUGUCAUCCAUACGCUUAAGAGCAACUAAUAAUUUUCCCUCUCAUGGACUGGCUGGGGAAUGGCAUUUAAGGAAAAGUCAGGAAAAGACUAAGGAAAUCUUUCGAGUCUGGAGGGGGUUGGAAGAGCCUGACCGCCAUGUGCUACUUGGCAAUCAUAGAGAUGCAUGGACAUAUGGUGCUGUUGACCCCAACAGUGGAACCGCAGCCCUGCUUGAUAUUGCUCGUCGAUAUGCUCUUUUGAUGCGUUUGGGCUGGCAGCCUAGAAGGACAAUAAUUCUCUGCAGUUGGGAUGCAGAAGAGUUUGGGAUGAUAGGCUCCACUGAGUGGGUUGAACAAAACCUAAUCAAUCUCGGCCCCAAAGCUGUAGUGUACCUUAAUGUAGAUUGUGCGGUUCAAGGUCCAGGUUUCUUUGUUGGUGCAACUCCUCAGCUAGACAAUCUUCUUCAUGAGGUUACAAAGAAGGUUAAGGAUCCCGACUCAGAGGGUGCGACGGUGUAUGAGAGAUGGGCUGCAACAAAUAUAGGCAUACAUAUACAAAGACUUAGUGGAGUGGAUUCUGAUUUUGCUCCAUUCCUGCAACACGCGGGGGUUCCUUCAGUUGAUUUAUACUAUGGCAGAGAUUUUCCUGUCUAUCACACGGCUUUUGACUCCUAUAACUGGAUGACAAAUUGUGGAGAUCCAUUGUUUCAGCGGCACGUGGCUGUUGCAGGAAUUUGGGGAAUUCUGGCCCUUCAUCUGGCUGAUGAUUCUAUUCUACCAUUCAAUUACCUCUCAUAUGCUGAUCAGUUGCAGGGGUAUAAAAACAUCUUGAGCAACUUUUUGGAUGGUAGUGUAUCCCUACAUCCACUGACGACAUCAAUUCAAGAACUUGCAUAUGCGGCUAAAGAAGCUGAGAAUGAAGCGAAGAUACUACAAAAGCAGGAAACUACAGGUGAUUCUGUGGUGUUGAAAAAGCGAGCAUUGAAUGAUCGACUGAUGCUUGCUGAAAGAGGGUUCUUGGAUGCAGAUGGGCUUCAAGGAAGGCAGUGGUUUAAGCAUCUUAUUUAUGGGCCUCCAAGUGACUAUGAGAGCAAGCUGGUUUUCUUCCCAGGAGUAGCAGAUGCUAUAUCUGGAUCUGCAAGAAUGAGUAGAAAAGAGAGGAAAGCGGCGAUUCAGCAUGAGAUAUGGAGGGCUGCUAGAGCUAUACAAAGAGCUGCCAGAGCCCUUAAAGGGGAACUCACCUGAAAAAGGCUAUAGGAAAACUCUCACAUAGGGGAAGAGAGGGAAAGCGAUAUGCCUUGACUUUGUAUAUAUGAGUAGGAAUAAUCUAUCGUUUACUGUUGUCUGUGGUGCAGUUUUUGUGUGUUGCAAUUGAAGUAUGCAAAAUGGGCUUAUAUUUUA